CCAGUCGACACUUCCUGAAUAACCAUAACCACAACCACCGCCAAUUUAGCUAUUCCCCUCCCUUGGCCUGAAAAAGGACCCAGAAAGAAUAGCUAUUCCCCUCCCUGGCGCCGCCGCGUGCUCGGCUGCAAAUCUUCCGAUCGAUUCAUCGUCUCCUCCUCUGGCUUGGCUAACGUUUGCCACUUCUCCUGCCUCAAUGAACCGCCUCUCGCGACCACUUGCCUCUUUGAUGGCCUCUUCUCCGCCUCGCUGGUGGCCACCGUCGCUUGCGCGACGACUUUCCCCACCCAAUGAGCCUCACAAUCCAACUGUUCGUCGUGCUUCCAGUGAUAGAUUUCCUCUUGGAUUUCGGAACAUGGCCACCGGCAUCAGAAGCAGUGAAGUAAAAGGCGAUGAUUCUGCCAAACCAGACAUGCGGAUGCUCACUACUCCUGCCCACGAACACUCUGCCAUCACCCAAGGCAUGGACAACAUGAGCAAAACUAAGGAGUUCCUUUCUUGUUAUGGUGAGGUUAUAGAUGGCAAACGUGAUACAUGGGGGAAAACUGCUUACUGUGGGGAAGAAAUCGUGGACAGUGAUGAGGAAGUAUACGAGAGCUGGGAUGCAUUGAUGGCUCGAUACCCCUUUGAAGGUGUACUCCCUUUGGAUGUAUUUCCAAAAAGCAGGCACCGUGAUGGUUCUAUAUACAAAUGCGAACAUCCAUGGACAAGAAAAUGUCGCAUUACAAACCGCAGUGAGACUGUGAUCGAGGCAAUGAUGUUUACAGAGCCCUCAAAUUGCUUCAUCCUCAACGGAACUUGCAUGCAGCAUGCACCUAGUCACAUGUUCCAAAUUUUAUCAAUAAAGCUGGCUAAACUUGACUUGGAUGGUGAACCAGUAGCAUUAUAUGGAUACAUAGCAGUGCGGGAUGAUCUGGAUCCAUUGCUUAAUUAUAUCAUCAAAUAUAGGAGGGAUGAUCCCAUCAUCGUGGAGCAGGGUUCUCUCUUCAACUUGGCUGGCCCCAAGAGAGGGAUUGAUUUUUAUGGUGAUAUUCUAAUCGAAUAUGACAUGAGGAUCAGGACUGCGAAAGAAGAAAAGGAUGAUCUACAGUUGAUCGAUGGUGCGUCAAUGAUAGGCGACAUGGGCUUAGAGACUUGUCAUGCGUUCACAAAUCGCAUCCAUGGCGAUUCUGGCGCAGUUGAUGUAACUUUUUCACGUCUUGAAGAUGCAGUUGAGGCAACCGUAGAAGUUUUUAUAUCAGAAGUGCAAAACAGUUUUAAUUUGUUUCUCGGCUGUUUGACCAGUGGGUUGAGUGAAGAAAUCCGGCUCUUCGAUGGUGUCAUUGGUGAGACACAAAGCUUAAAAAGGUCUGUGGUUGCUGUAGUGACAGGUUCUUCGAUACACCUGAAGUUGAAGGUUGGCCCGGAGUCGUCCAGUUCCACUGAACAUGAUUGUUCCUUCAUUGCUGGCAAUCACGGGUCUAAUGCUCGAAAGAUAGAGACCGAUUUUGCGUUAAUCUCAGUGAAGGUGACCUGGUCGCCUUUGCCUAUGGGGCACUAGGUUUGUUUCGAUUCAUCAUAUCCCUGGAUAGACUUUGUCAAAUAGUUGUUUAUGUAACGAGCUUUCAAAUAAGCAGCCAAGUCGUGGACAUGUGGCCUAAAUUUAUGUGUACUCUCUGAUGAAACUAGUGUGCAAGUAUCUGGUAUGUGUACUCCGCUGAUUUGAUUGCUGGGAUGGUCAGCUAAUCAUAAAGUUUGCUGUCAAAAAAGAAGAAGAAAAAAGACUGUUGAUGUCCUGGCUUGGUAAAAGGGACUGCCAUGCCUGGUUGAGAAGGGAACAUUUCAGCUGAAGAAGGUGCUGAUCAAGGCUUGGCGCUGAUACUGGAACAAGCUACCACUGAGAAGUUGUUUGAGAUAAGUUUGUGAGGUGACUAUUAUUCUUUCCUGAGUUUUGCUACCAGCUACAAGCAGAGAUGGUUUGUGUCCACAAGCUAGCACUUUGUUGACAUGAGAAGCUUUAGAAGAAAGGCACCAGCAGCGCCCGGCUAAAUUAAUGAAUCCCAAACUGACAUUAGAACUGAGGCGUGUGGAUAUUUAUCUGCGCCUUCUCAAAGGGCCUGUAAUUUGCUUUUCUACUUUGUAUGUACGUUGAAGAAUAGUACUCCCUUGGUUUCUAAAUAAUUGUAGUUGGGGAGAACUAGUCUAGUUCUUCCCAACUACAAUUAUUUAGGUACAGAGGAAGUAGAAAGUAUGGUGUUGAUCGUCACUCUGAUUUAAAGAUAAGACCAUGCCUAUGUGAA